AUGUCCCAAAAUACAUAGACAAGCCUGUUGCUCACAAACCCAUAUGGGCCACUGAGUGUCCAGGGGAAUGGAAGUGAUAGACUCACCGGCAAAGAUUGGAAGAGGAUGGGACUAGAACCAGAUCCUUUCGGAAGAUUUUCCAUUCAAUGAACGAAGACGCAAGAUCAAGUUCGAAGGGAAAGAGAAGACGCAUGUUGAAAGAAGUCCAAGUUCCUUGAUGGGACUUUAAUGAGCAGCUGGUAAGGGCGCCUUGCGAUUCCAUUUAAAGCAUCCAUGCUGGAUUAUUAGUCUGGACAUGCAAGGUAUCUGUUGAGAGUUUCCAUUGGGAAAGAAAAGACGUCAGUGAGAGAACACUUUGUUUCUGGACUCGAACCCUGGUACUUACUAGACAGCCAUGGACCAAGGCGCAAAGGGUGCCGAGGAAAAAAUGGUCAGCAAGGCCCUGGUGGAAUUCAAUGACACCUUGCAGGCGGCCGUGAGGGAGGUCCACAUGGACGUGAGCGCUUUCAAGCAGCGCAUCGAGCAGCGUAUCGAAGAGAUGAGCGCCUCCAGCGGGCCUCUUGCCGAGGCAGUGGGCCGGCUGCAGGAGGAGAACCUGCAGCUCCAUUCCAAGCUGGAGGCCCUCAGCCGCCUGGUCGAGUCUCUCGCCGGGGUGCAAAUCGACAGGAACUUCCCCACCACCAUGUCGAAGGGGAAGAAUAAAGAACAGGGUGCGGAGAACGGGCUUCUAGAGAUGCAGUCUCGGAACCGGGAAGGCCAGAGAUGCCCGGUGGGUCUGGCUACAUCCGGAUCCCUACCACCAUGGAAAACAAAGGAAAUUAAUGGAAUGGGGGCCCAGGCAGAGAGGCACAUUGCCUCAGUGGAACACCAGAGCAGGAAACAAGUCCAGGAGAAGUUUGACAGUCCGACCGAACAUCAUCCUCCCAUCACUGCAAUGACGAGAGUCAGCUCGGAAGCCCAUUCUGCCCAUUCUGCAGCUCCCAUGGCUAAAGCGGCAACAGAAACCGCCACGAAAUCAUUCAAAAAUAUCAGCGGUGUACCUGGAUCCAAGGACCUUGCAUCCCAGGAUCAAUCGGCUUCUUUGGCACAUCUUCCCCUCACAGAUGUGAGCAGAAGCAACCCUGACGCUGCACCUAAAUCUGUUCAGACUCAAUUUUUGCCAGAAUCCCACAGCGUAAAACCAGGAGAGUAUCCAUUUCGACGCGAUGUCACCGAUGCCAAGCCGCAAUCGGGUCCCUCGACCUCGGACAAAACCGCCGCCAUGUCAACACCAAUUGCUUCACCGGCAUCCCACCCAAUUGCUAAACCGGAAUACCCCUUUAAGCGAGCUCCAGUUCUCAAGACGCCAAGUCCGAUUCUAAAAAGAAGUGUCAGCUUUCCUCAACCGGCAGAAAAGUUACUUCCCUCCAAAUCAGUCAUAAAACCAGGUUUCUCAUCUGGUUUUGAAAAGAAAGCCAACUCCCCUCCUGUGGAGUGCAAGCAAGAGCCGACCAAGUCCAACACUCUUCCUCGUGCUGGCGGAGCUCAGGCCAAACGUGCCCUCUUUGAGAGGAUGAACUCCGACCCCGUCAAGCCGAAGGAUUCCAAGCCCAAGCUGAAGCGCUCCCAGAGCUUUGGCGUUACCAGCGCCAGUGGUAUCAAAAAUAUCCUGUUGGAGUGGUGCCGCUCGAAAACCAUCGGCUACCAGAACAUUGACAUCCAGAACUUCUCCUCGAGUUGGAGUGACGGCAUGGCCUUUUGCGCUCUGGUCCAUUCCUUCUUCCCGCUGGAGUUCGACUACAACACACUGAAGCCCGCUAACCGAAAGCAAAACCUGCAGCUGGCAUUCUCAACGGCAGAAACCCAGGCCGACUGUCUCCGUUUGAUCGAGGUGGAUGACAUGCUGGAAAUGGGCGACAAACCGGACCCCAUGUGCGUGUUCACCUAUGUCCAGUCCCUCUAGCUAAAGCCCGCCAACCGAAAGCAAAACCUCCAGCUGGCAUUCUCAACGGCCGAAACCCAGGCCGACUGUCUCCGUUUGAUCGAGGUGGAUGACAUGCUGGAAAUGGGCGACAAACCGGACCCCAUGUGCGUGUUCACCUAUGUCCAGUCCCUCUACAACCACCUGAAGACAUUCGAGUAGCUAACCGUCACUCUGCAUCAGAGAAGAGUGCAAAGAUGCACAUUUUUGUUGUCAUAUUACCAGACUUUGAAGAAGAAUUGUGACGCGAGUGUUCGUGCUUCGUGUGUCUCUUAUGCUGUUGCGGUGUUUACAAAAGCGACUUCGGAGCUAAACCCCACGAUUUAACAAUACUGCUGAUGUGGAUGUGCAAAAACUACGUGGGCAUGCUCCAGAAUAGCCUUUUGCAAUGUGUCAGAAUAAAGCCAUUUUCUAAUGUUUUCCAUUCUAAUAAAUGUUUUCACCCAUCUAUCCAUUUUCUAUCGCGCUUAGCGUUUCAGUUGUGGAAGCGCUGGAGCCUAUCCUUAAAAGAUUCAAACCCAGAACUUCAUCACUGUGAGGCAAACGUUGUUCCCUUGGAAGGGAAUAUAUUGUACAGGAAAUAUGCGGCCGAUGACAGCGUGCAUAUCGUCACCUACUGGCCAAAUUAAAACAUUGCAAUUUA